AAGUCAAGCUAUCUGUAACAUGCAGGAAGUGACGAAAUGUGACUUUUAACUCGGAGCGACAGUCGCGUUUGUAUGCGUGUCUUUGUUCUGUCGCAUAAGGAGGGUUUAUUUUGAAAUUCUUAUCCGGAAAUGGAAUACUCAUUGGCAACGAAAAAAGGGGGAGCGUCAGAGCAGUGAAAAUAUAUGGCGUCACACACGGAAUAAACAGGGAGGCAAGCAAGACUUCAAACACGUAACGCUGAGCUAAUUUCCGAGGAGAAGCCGUGACACGGUGCUGGUACACGCUGCGGACUGGCAUGGACGCCCAACAUGGGCUUUAGAGUCCUGCUGCAGGACCGAAGAGGAUGGGCCCCGCAUCCCGCUUUCUGAGGAAAUGUCUCUGGGUCGGCUCCUGCGGCGCGCCUCCUCCAAGGCCUCCGACCUCUUGACGUUUAACCCCAGCGCAUCAGGGCGCUCAGGCCUGGACGGCGAGAUCAUCUACUCAAAAAACAAUGUGUGCGUGCACCCCACUGAGUCGCUGCCGGGCCUGGCAGAGCACCACCCAGGCUACUUGUGCGUGCACGUGGAGAAGGACGAGAACCUAGGCAGCACUCUCAUUCUGACCUGGGUGCCCAACUCGCGUAUCCAACGGCAAGACGAGGAAGCACUGCGCUACAUCACGCCUGAGAGCUCACCCGUGCGACGAAACGCUCGCCGCAGAGGCAGACGGCCGCGCUCCCGCCCACCGGCUGCACAAGUGGAAGAAGAGGACGAGGAGAGGAACAUCACUUGCAGCUCCUCCGCCGACAGCCAUGCUUCGGUCGCCACCGAGGCCGGGACGGACCCCCUCUCUGCGCAGCACAAGCAGCCGCCCGCGCCCGGCGAGGAAGGUGACGAGGGAUCGUGCGAGCUGUCGGAUGAAGUGAGCCGCGACAGCACCAUGGGCUCCGACUCGGACACCUUUUCCUCGCCUUUCUGCUUGUCGCCGGUCAGCGAGGCGCUGUGCGAGAGCAGUGGCUCGGUGUUCUUGGAUAAUGACAGCAGAGAGCUUUCGGAGGAACUCAUGCAGCAUUCGGCGAGCUCCGCCUCCAGCCUGGACAGCAACGGUCAAUCGCAGGGCGCGCGCUGGGAGGAGCAGCAGAAGGUGCUGGCGCUGGAGCAGCUGUGCGGCGUGUUCCGGGUGGAUCUGGGUCACAUGAGGUCGCUUCGUCUGUUCUUCAGUGAUGAAGCGUGCACUGGCGGCCAGCUGGUGAUUGCCAGUCGAGAGAGCCAGUACAAGGUUCUACACUUUCACCAUGCUGGGCUGGAUAAACUUGCCGAAGUAUUCCAGCAGUGGAAGUGCUGCAGAGAGACGCAGAUUAAAGACCAGGUUUCUGAUGAAAAGUCCUGCAUGCAGUUUUCCAUCCAGAGAUCCACGCUACCUUCAGCCGAGAGCCACCCAGAGGAGAAGCUGUACCGGAGGCUGGAUGUCACCACUUGGUUACGGCAUCUCAAUCACAACGGCCAAGUGGAGGAGGAGUAUAAACUACGCAAGGCAAUCUUCUUCGGGGGUAUCGACCCAUCCAUCCGUGGCGAGGUGUGGCCCUUCCUGUUACACUACUACAGCUAUGACUCCACUUCACAAGAGAGGGAGGCGUGGAGGCUACAGAAGCGGACACAUUACCACGACAUCCAGCAGAGGAGGUUGUCUAUGAGCCCUGAGGAGCACAGCGACUUUUGGAGGAAGGUCCAGUUCACCGUGGACAAGGACGUGGUGAGGACGGACCGCAGCAACCAGUUCUUCAGGGGAGAAAACAACCCGAACGUGGAGAUCAUGAGGCGCGUCCUGCUCAACUACGCCGUGUUCAACCCCGACAUGGGCUACUGCCAGGGCAUGUCGGACCUGGUGGCCCCGCUCCUGACGGAAAUCCAGGAUGAAAGCGACACCUUCUGGUGCUUCGUUGGCCUCAUGGAGAACACCAUUUUCAUCAGCUCGCCAAGGGAUGAGGACAUGGAGAGGCAGCUGAUGUACCUGCGAGAGCUACUGCGUCUAAUGCUGCCUGACUUCCACCAGCACUUGACGGCGCUGGGCGAGGACGGCCUCCAGCUGCUCUUCUGCCACCGGUGGAUCCUCCUCUGCUUCAAGCGCGAGUUUCCUGACACAGACGCUCUUCGCAUGUGGGAGGCCUGCUGGGCUCACUACCAGACUGAUUACUUCCACCUGUUCCUGUGCGUGGCCAUCAUCGUCCUCUACGGCGAGGAUGUGACGGAGCAGCAGCUGGCCACCGAUCAAAUGCUGCUGCACUUCAGCAACUUGUCUAUGCACAUGAACGGAGAGCUGGUGCUACGCAAGGCACGCAGCCUCCUCUACCAGUUCCGCCUCCUCCCCAGAAUCCCGUGCAGCCUCCAUGACCUGUGUAAACUGUGCGGGCCGGGCAUGUGGGAUAGCCGCUACAUCCCUGCCGUGGAGUGUUCCGGCGAGCACCCGGACUCUCAAAGCUGCCCUUACGGGGGCACGUCCGUGCCGAGGCCCUCCUCGCCCAAGCCCUCCAGAGGUGCCAAAUCUCGAGAUAUUUUCACCUUCAGGAAACAGUCCUGAGGAGCCGAGAUCCGCGUCCAAGCCUUUCACGCUGGUGCGGGUCAAAGCUGAGCACUUGGAAUUCACUCAGAGCGAGUAAACUUUUAAAGGCUCGGUCUUCAGCUAUAUGUGCAUUUGUUUAUUAGAAGAGAAAUAUUUUUCAACACCUCUUAAGCUGUAUUAAGGCUGAGAUUUGACCCAGAUAUGUGAGGCGGAUGCGCUGACAAGAAAUCCAACGGGCUGCCAGCAGGUACCCGCCCAUAUUUAGCUGUGUUCUAUAUCCUUGCAUGUAAAGCACAAAACUAUGCCUGACUAUCUACUCGAAAGGAGUUUACACGUUUGCUGAAGAUUUUUGUUCUAUCGCAACACUUCCAGGCAGGCGGAAGCGACCCGGUGGGGCAUUCAUGUAACCCGUUUUGAUACAUGUUGAGUCUUCAUGCUGUGUUUCCACCAAGUGGUAGGUAGGUUCAGCGCUAUUGACGAUAAUAGAAGUCCAAUCCAUUUUUAACUGCUCCCAAUUCAAAUAGAUUGGACAUCUAUCGCCGUCAACGGUAGCAAAUUAAAUAUAAAUCAUUCAUGUGACAAUCAACUCCUGUUUCAUAUAAAUGUAGUGCACUCCUUUGUGUGAAUGAACAAUCUAUUCCACCAAACCAAAUUCUUAACAAUCAAUCAUUGAUGAUCAUGUUGAACUUGAAUUCCAGUACUAGAGGAUAUAGUGAUAGUGUUACGGACUGCAACAGUAAUUGAAUUCAACGAAGAUGACAAACAACAGCCGGUGUUCAGCAUUGUGUUCUUAGCUUGUGGUUCUUUCAUACAAGAACGAGACAAUAGAUCUUUAUAGCACAGCCUGGAAAAUGUGACAUUUUUCCGCUUUUCCCCCUCUGACAUGGAAUUUACACACCUGGCUUUUUUCACUACCUUAAGAGGACAGAUGUUUUUUCAGAGUGAAGGAAAUUUUACUUAGGAGUUGAUAUCUUCACUGGUUUUCCUCCCCCGACGUACAGUCUUUCCUUGUAUUUAUUUUUUUACACUUUUUGCUAACAUUUUCCUGUAAUUGCAACAUUAACACUCACACUUGAUUUUUUUCUUUUUUUUUUUUUUUUUUUU